AUUAGACAUUGCAUUUAAGACUGUAAGCCGGACCGGAUAGGCAUCAGGGUCACGGAAUAGCCGGUCGGGUCCGGUUCACUUCUUGGAGAAGCAAUGUUCACUUCUUUGAUUUGUUGGUGAUCGGCUUCGAUCUCUCUUCUCUCUCACGAGUCUCCAAAUCGUCCAAGAGAGCUUCAAAUCAUAAUCCAACCUGUCGAGCCUCCAUUUUUGUAACCUGUGUUUAUUGUUACGGACAGAUUUGCUUUGUAACUACACAAAGAUGACAACAAUCGAAACGGGUCAGAAAACUCAAAAGCCUUCUCCUUCCGGUUCUUCUACUGCUGCUGCUACUCUCAAGCAGCCAUCGCCGUCGUUUAAAAGGUGGGGAAGGAGAAACCCAUUUGUAAGAUACGGACUUCCGAUGAUAUCUCUCACCGUUUUUGGAGCCCUAGGGCUAAGCCAACUUCUUCAAGGAAGUAAAGAUAUAGCAAAGGUAAAAGAUGACCAAGAAUGGGAGAUUAUAGAGACAAGAAAGGCGCUUUCGAGAACAGGACCUGUUGAUGCUUAUAAACCUACAAACACAUCCAUUGAAGACGAACUCAAGGCUAUGCAAGGGAAGGUGGACAUAGACUCGUACGAGUACAAGAAAAUUCCAAAGCUAAACGACAGCAAGUAGUGUUGAAGUGAAGUCUUUUAAGAAUAAUUCUCUUUUCUUUUAAGUUUAACUUUGUAAUAACUCGUCACAUAAACGCCGAAGGAGAAAUCCAGUAAGUUUUGACCUUCAUAAACCAAGAACAGAGACGUUUUUAAAAAAUUCAGCUGUUGAUAAUACAUAUGUUGAAUUACAACUUCUAACUGAUAUCUCCUCGCAUAAAUAUUUGUAGAAUCGAUCUGUAUCCAUACAUGUUUUGUUUUUAUUUUCUUCAUUUGAAAAACGACCUCUAACUCGUUAAGAGAAAAAC